AUGCUCAGCCGCCCGAACGGCGAGCUCACGAGGGCCGGCCAGUAUUACUACCAACUGAUCGACCGGCCGCCCCCCAGCCGGCAGUACGACCGCAACCAACCCCUCAUCCGCGAGGGCCCGAACGAUUACAUCAUGCUCCGGGGGGGCGCCAAAAAGCUGCUCCGCAGCCUCCAGCCCAACGGGAACUACCACUUGACCAAGCUCGGGAAGAGCUUCUUCAAGGACAAGUGGGUGGACUGGGUGGUGCACGUGCCCGUCAUCAUCCGCGGCAUCCGGCGAAACGGCCGGAACCGCGGCAUGCCCUACGAGCGCACGAAGCGCCUGCCCGUCACGGACCUCAACGUCACACUGCCCCGGCAGAGCGAGGGGCUCUCGGAUGCCCAAGCGGCCCGGAACCUCAAGGCGUCCGCGCUCGCGCAGCUCGGGAACCCCGAGCCGAACGACAUUAUUUGGGAGCUGUCCGACGAGACCUACUACCUGGACGCAACGAGGGAGUGGACCUUCAGCCAGCAGGCCAUGCAGGUCGUAGACGACCGGGUGGUGGUGGAGACCGUCCUGGAUCAGCCCCUGGGGGCUCUGCGGGACGUCUCCUACCAGCUGUACUGCGGCGACGAAAUCCUAGAGUCCGCCUUCGAACAGCGGCCGGACAAGCUUUGCGUCCCUCGGCAGCUCGCGGAGCUGAUGCGGCUGCCGCUGCAGGAGGUGCUUUCGGACUUCGACGCAAUCUGCACCAAAAAAACGUGGCGGGAGCAGGGCAUCACCCCCCGAGAGAUCCGGGAAUUCUGCCUUUGGCGCCAGGCCCCGAUGUUCUACGUGGACUGCCAGGGCCGCCUGCUGGACAAGUACGAGCCUACCGUCAAGGAGCAGCGGGCCGUGGCCUUCACGAGCUGGAACGGCCACGCCUUCUUCUACAAAUCCGCCCGCACCGUCGCGAAGUGCGAGCCGAUCGGGGAGCGGGCCAGGUACCGGGGCGAGAGGAAGCCAGGCGAAACGCCCGAGUUCAAGGAUUGGCGGGAGUGGGAGGGCGAGGUCGCCAGCGGUCAUUUCUACACUGAAGACCUGGAGCAGGUCCGGAGGGAGCUCCUGGCCGAGGGGCACUGCCCGAAGGUGGUCAUGCGAAGCAUGAGCGAGUGGCGGUGCCUGCGGCUGAGGGUGCGGGGCGGCGAGGACUGCGUCAUCUCCGCCUUCCACGAAGACCUGGAUGUGCUGCAGGCCUGGAUGGGGCGGCUGGGGCUCCCCUAUUGCGGGCAGCGUCUGGCGGGCGCCGCGAGCGAGGUCUUCCUUCACCUUCUCAAGGCCCGCCGCGAUCCGCCCGGAUCUCGGCAAGCCCUGCUCGCGGAGCAGGACCACCAGUGCAAGCUCUGCGCGGCCCCCAUCACCGCAACCACGUGCGAGUUGGACCACAUCGUCCCCGUGCACCAGUCCUUCGCCGCACAGGCCCAGAACCUCCAGGCACUGUGCCUCGAGUGCCACCGGAACAAAACGGCCCUGGAGUCCUCGCACGCCACGACACUGGAGUCGCGCUUCAGCCGGCGGGCUUACGAGCAGUACGUGGAAUCGCCUCGACUCCCGCCGCUCGUCUUCAAGCUCAACAGCCACAAGCCGGACCACAUCUGCCACGGUAUAGACGUGGUGCGGUGCCGCAAGAACGGUCUGGCCCAUGCCAAGUUCCCGGCGCCCAUCUUCUGCCCCAAGGACAACGUUGAGCAAGCCCGCGAAGGGCACCUGGCGGACCUGACCUACGUGAGGCUCCGGGAGGACGGGCGUUGGGCGGCGUUCAAGCAGCUCCCCUACGUGGGCCAGGGCUGGUACGCCAAGCCUGCGGUGGCCUACAUGCUGGAAAAGGGCCUUGCGACAUGGAGCGACUUCGUGUACAGCCUGGACGCCACGGCGCACGUGGACCAGGAGUCCGUGGCCCAGGCCCUGCAGAAAAUGGAGGCGGCUUGGCCGGAGGGAGAGGAGCACUACGCGAAGCUGUCGGUGAAUGCCCUCAUCGGGCUGUGGGCACGCAACAUGAACCUCAUCUACACCAUGCGCACCAGCAACCACCAGUUCGACGGGUCCGGGUGCCAGCACCGGGAGCUGUUCCUGGACGCCGCGGGCGGGAUGCACUGGGAUCACAUCUACGUGACCCAGUUGUUGUCCAACCGGUACCUGAAGGCCGUCAAAACGGACUGCGUCGUCUUCCAGGACCUGCCCAAAAAGUUCCAGGGCCUUGUGGACAGCCUGGUCCGCGAAAGGCAUCCCGACGGCACGCCCGUGUACCGAUGCGAGGAGGUCAAGGGCCUCGAAGGCCAGUAUCGGAUCCCCCGAAUCGAGGCGGAGUGGAUGUGCAACAUUGACACCUGGAAGGUCGCGGAGGACCCUUUUGAGGGCGGGAGCCUGCUGCUGACCGGCUACCCGGGCACCGGGAAGACCCACCUGGCGCGCCAGAUCGUGACCGCCCUCCGGGAAGAAGGGUACAAGGUGAAGAUCAUCACGAAGACCCACUCCUCCGUGCAGAACUUUGGCAUGCAGGCGGAGACGGCCGACCACUGGGUGCGGAGCACCGUCCGGAACGGCUACUGCAACAUCGACUGGCUGGUGGUGGAGGAGAUUACGCAGCUCGACACGGGGCUGUGGAACGACAUCGCCUGCGUCUCCAUGAACCGCAAAGUCAAGUUCCUGCUGCUUGGCGACUUCCGCCAGUUCCCCGCCGUCAUGGACAACUUCGCGGGCACCCCGGUGCAGCGGGAGCUCAAGCACUGCCAGCUGCUCCACGACCUCACCGACGGCUGGCACCACGAGCUCACCGAGAACAGGAGGAGCGACCCGGGCAUCUUCGACUUCCUCCGGUGGCUCCGGGUCGACGAGCCCCGGGAGCAGUCCCUGCCGGAAGCGGUCCGGGCGGCCCGGGAAAGGUUUCCGCGGCAAGGCGAGCCCGAUGUCAGCCUGGUCAUCUCCCACGCCCACCGCAUCAGGAUCAAUGCGCGGGACAACCGUCGCCUGGCCCCGCCGGAAGCUGUGACGAUCGAGUACACCGGCACUGGCCCGACGACCACCAACAUGCCGCAGACCAUGCGGGUCUGGCCCGGCCUGAAGCUCAUCGGCGUCGGCGGCCGCGUGACCAAAGGCAUCUACGUGCAUGUGGCCGAAGUGGGUCCCGAGAAGAUCGUCUUGGACGGCGGCGACUCCUUCACCCACGCCGCCCUCCUGAAACACACCCGGCUGUGCCACGCCAUCACCUACGCCUCGUGUCAAGGCCUGACGCUCGAAGGGCGGGUUUUCCUAUGCGACACCGAGAGUCCACACUUCACCCUCAAGCACCUCUAUGUGGGGAGCAGCAGGGCCACCAGCAGCGAGCUCCUGAGCGUGCUCUAG